AUGGACAAUUACGGGUCUUCACAACAUCCAUUUGGGUAUAAUCCUCCAUACCCUCCUCCUGAUCCAUACGCUCGACCACCAUAUCCAUAUCCACCAAAUCCUCCACAUGCCUUCAACUACACAUACCCCCCACCUCGUCCACCACACUUCCCUUAUUCUACCAUAGACCAUUCCUUGUACCCUCCUCCUCCUCCUCCAACACCUGGUUCCUUUGAAUUUCGUUAUUCUCAACCAUCCGAUACCUAUUACCCUCACCAAAUUCCUCUAGAAUGGAGUGUCGCAGGAGGUGGAGUACCUCAAACUAGUGAUAGUUUUGACGCUCCUGUCUGUUCUAUUUACCCUCCUUUGGAUCAUCGCAUGAACAAUAUCAGGCUGUCUGACUCCCCAAGUGCACCUCCAGCAUUGACACGUUCCCCUUCAGUCUCAAAUUAUGAGAAUAGAGAUGAGUUUUCUGACUCUCCUGGUGAUAGUUUUACACCUUCUGUUUGUUCUAUUUACCCUCCUUUGGAUGAUAAAAUGAGCUAUGCCAGGAUGUAUGAACCCCCAAGUGCACCUCCAUUAUUGACACGUUCUCCUUCAGUUUCAAAUUAUGAUAAUAGAGAUGAGUUUUAUGGUCCAUCUAGCUACUUCUCCUCAGAUUUGGAUCAAGGGGACACGCUUGGACUGUCACCUAAUUCUGAUGACUCAGUGAAUAAUCAGAGCAUGCAGAUUGUCCCAGUUCAUAACAAAGCGUCUCUGCGAGUUCUGCUCUUGCAUGGGAGUUUAGAUAUUUGGGUCCAUACAGCCAAACACCUUCCUAACAUGGACAUGUUCCAUAAGACUUUAGGUGAUGUGUUUGGGAGAUUGCCUGUCAGUAACAAGGUGGAUGGAACAGUGAGCAAGAAGAUUACUAGUGAUCCUUACGUGUCAAUUUCUGUGUCAAAUGCUGUAAUUGGGAGGACUUUUGUGAUUAGCAAUAGUGAAAACCCUGUGUGGGAGCAACAUUUCUAUGUCCCUGUUGCACAUCGUGUUGCUGAAGUUAAUUUUGUUGUUAAGGACAGUGAUGUGGUAGGUUCACAGCGCAUUGGUGUUGUGGCAAUUCCAGCUGAACAAAUAUACUCAGGGGAAAGGAUACAAGGGACCUACCCUAUCCUGAAUAGCAAUGGAAAGCCUUGUAAGCCUGGUGCUGUCUUGAGUUUAUCCAUUCAGUACAUUCCAAUGGAGAAACUUAUCACUUAUCAUCAAGGAGUUGGAGCUGGUCCUGAAUAUGUCGGGGUUCCUGGCACAUAUUUUCCUUUGAGGAAAGGUGGAACGGUUACUCUGUAUCAAGAUGCUCAUGUUCCAGAUGGUUCUCUACCUACUGUUAUGCUUGACCAUGGCAUGCAUUAUGCUCAUGGAAAGUGUUGGCAAGACAUUUGUGAUGCCAUACGUGGAGCUCAGAGGUUGGUUUACAUUACGGGGUGGUCAGUGUGGCACAAAGUUAAGUUGGUAAGGGAUGCUGGCAAAGCAACAAAUUCCUGCCUGGGUGAACUUCUGAGGGCUAAGUCCUCGGAGGGAGUAAGAGUGCUUCUCCUUGUUUGGGAUGACCCUACAUCAAGAAGCAUUCUUGGUUACAAAAUGGAUGGUGUAAUGGCUACUCAUGAUGAGGAAACAAGACGAUUUUUCAAGCACUCUUCCGUGCAAGUGCUGCUUUGCCCUCGCAUUGCUGCAAAACGACAUAGCUGGGCCAAACAAAAGGAAGUUGGAACAAUAUAUACACAUCAUCAGAAAACUGUAAUUGUGGACGCUGAUGCUGGAAAUGGAAAAAGAAAAAUUGUAGCAUUUGUUGGUGGACUUGAUUUGUGUGAUGGGCGAUAUGAUAAUCCCCACCAUCCUCUCUUUAGGACACUGCAGACACUGCAUAAGGAUGACUAUCACAACCCUACUUUCACGGGUAGUACCGGUGGUUGUCCUCGGGAGCCAUGGCAUGACUUGCAUUCCAAAAUUGAUGGUCCAGCAGCUUAUGAUGUUUUGACCAACUUUGAGGAGCGCUGGUUAAGAGCUGCAAAACCUAAAGGGUUUAAAAAGUUUACUAGCUCAUAUGAGGAUGCAUUGCUUAAGCUAGACAGAAUAAAAGAUAUUAUCAGUUCAUCUGAUGCUCUUGAUGUUGAUGACUAUAAUCCUGCAUCAUGGCAUGUUCAGAUAUUUCGUUCAAUUGAUUCAAGUUCUGUCAAGGGAUUUCCAAAGGAGCCAAAAGAUGCAUCAAGUAUGUUAAACGUUACUGUGUUUAUGCAGAAUCUAGUAUGUGGGAAGAAUGUGCUAAUUGACAUGAGUAUACAUACAGCAUAUAUACAAGCCAUUCGUGCUGCACAACAUUAUAUUUAUAUAGAGAAUCAAUAUUUCAUUGGGUCUUCUUAUAAUUGGAGUCAACACAGAGACCUUGGUGCUAAUAAUUUAAUUCCGAUGGAAAUUGCACUGAAGAUUGCUGCAAAGAUAAGGGCAAAUGAGAGAUUUGCAGUUUACAUUGUUAUUCCAAUGUGGCCUGAGGGUGUUCCAACAGGUGCUGCCACCCAAAGAAUUCUUUUUUGGCAGUCUAGCACCAUGCAACCCGAGAGAAUAACUCAGGAGAUCUCAUUGUCCAAGUAA